AAAAAAAAAAAAAAAAAAAAAAAAAAAAAAAAACUUCAAUUUCUCUCUUUCUCUCUCAAAUUCAUUCUAUCAAUCCAGAAUUAUCAAUUCCAAAUUUUAAUUCUUUAAUUCUUUCACAACAAAAAUAUUCACCUUCAAACCUUUCUCUCUUCAUGUUUCAUCAUUUCUUGAUGAUGAUAAAACUAUUACUAUAGUUUUUCAUUUCGUUUAAAAGUUAAUUGUAAAAAGUGAGAUGAACGUUACAAAAAUGGACGUAAAAUCACGUCUAACACGAGGAAUAUCACGUCAAUUCUCAACAGGAUCAUUAAGAAUGAGCGGUAAAUUCAGUUUCAAAAGACAAAACUCAAUGGAUCCAAGAAACAACAACAUGCGUUUCAGUUUUGGAAGACAAUCAUCACUUGAUCCAAUACGUAGAUGUCCAUCAUUCGAAAAUGAAACAGUUGCUGUACCAGAUAAUUUAGAUUCGACCAUGCAGUUGUUGUUUUUAGCAUGUAGAGGUGAUGCUAAUGGUGUUAAGGAAUUGCUUGAUAAUGAUGAUGUUGAUGUUAAUAGUAUUGAUUUAGAUGGAAGAACUGCUUUGCACAUUGCUGCUUGUGAAGGACAUGUUGAAGUUGUUAAGCUUUUGUUAAGUAGGAAAGCUAAUAUUGAUGCUCGUGAUCGAUGGGGAAGCACGGCUGCAGCUGAUGCGAAAUACUAUGGAAACAAUGAAGUUUACAAUAUCUUAAAGGCCCGGGGGGCCAAAGUCCCGAAACUCAGAAACACACCAAUGACUGUAGCAAAUCCUCGAGAAGUUCCAGAAUACGAACUAAAUCCACUGGAGCUUCAAAUCCGGAAACGGGAUGGAAUCUCGAAGGGUUCGUAUCAAGUUGCUAAAUGGAAUGGGACAAAAGUUUCUGUCAAGAUACUUGACAAGGAUAGCUAUGCAGACCCUGAAACGAUAAAUUCUUUCAAGCAUGAAUUAACUUUGUUGGAGAAAGUACGGCAUCCUAAUGUGGUUCAGUUUGUUGGAGCUGUUACACAAAAUAUACCAAUGAUGAUAGUACUAGAGUAUCAUCCAAGUGGUGACCUACGUAGCUAUCUUCAGAAGAAGGGACGUCUAUCUCCUUCUAAGGUUCUAAGAUUCGCUCUGGAUAUUGCCAGGGGAAUGAAUUAUCUUCAUGAAUGUAAACCGGACCCAAUCAUCCAUUGUCUUCUAAUGCCAAAAAAUAUUUUGCUGGACAAUGGUGGUCUAUUGAAAGUUGCAGGAUUUGGUUUGAUUAGAUUGUCAAACAUUUCACCUGACAAAGCAAAGUUGCUGCAACCUCAAGCCAUUGACCGUGCAAGUCCCUAUAUAGCACCUGAGAUUUAUAAGGACGAAAUUUUUGAUAGAAGUGUGGAUGUAUAUGCUUUUGGAGUUCUAAUUUAUGAGAUGAUUGAGGGAAUACUACCGUUUCAUCCUAAGUCACCUGAAGAGGCUGCUAGGUUGAUGUGCAAAGAGGGUAAAAGACCAUCAUUCAAGUCAAAAUCUAAGUAUCUGCCGGACCUUAAAGAGUUGAUUGAAGAAUGUUGGCAUCCGGAUUCUUUUAUACGGCCAACAUUUUCGGAGAUCAUUGUGCGCAUGAAUAAAAUUGUUGCAAACUGCUCAAAACACGGAUGGUUGAAAGAUACUCUAAAGCUUCCCUGGUAA